CCUGGUCUUGCAAAAGGUGACGGAGUACUACUAAAUGUAAUUCAAUAUUGAAUGAAUUAGGAGCUACAAAAAUGGUUUUGUAUGGCACGAUUUGUCGGAGGAUGAUCUCAUCAUUCCGCGCACGGUCACGACUACAUUCUCAAAGGUUCCUAACAUCCGCUCAAGAUUACACUCGCCGCCGCAACCAAUCCUGCAGCUCCAUCGACUUCGACUCCAAAUCAGCCGACGUCUCUACACAGACACACCGUCGGAUAAGGAUUCGAGCCCCGAGACGCUGCGCACGGGGCAGGUGAGGCCUCGGCAUCAUCACGUCCAGGGGAUGGUGAGGGGAGCCAAACUGGGUGUGGAGGAGAAGGACUACUUCAGCGGCACCAUAGUGGAGACAAACAAACGGGAAUUUCCUGCUCUCAAACCAUCUUCUUCUUACAAUGCACACCGGUCCCUAAAUUUGGAAGUUGCAGAGAAAGAGAUGGAAAAGCUGAAAGCGAAAUGCAUACCUAUUAAAACAAAGGCACACUCAUCCACCAAAAAAGAAGGCAGUCUUAGUAGUACGACUGAUGGUUAUGCCUAACAAUAAGGUAGGUAGUAAAAUUUGGCAAAUUUUUAUUGCGGUAAUUAAUUUGUCAUUUUCCAUAUUCACCACCAGAUUCUAGUUUUGUAUUUUACACACUACGUUAACAAAUUUAAUGUAAUUAUAACGUGGCCCCAACAUGUAGUGAAAGCUAUCUGAUAUAUCUAGAGAGAGAAAGAGAGUGGUGUGAAGAGAAUGUUUUUU